GUGUAUGCAAUUCAUCGCUUGGAACAUGCUAUCAACAACUUGCUAAAAUGCAACAAACUAGUUAGCUAGAUAGCUAAUAUAUCAUUACAUUGUUCCUAAAUUUGUAGUUAAUAACUGAUACGCAUAAGUUAUGCAUACCGCCUGUUUUUUCGUGAACUCUGGAAAGACAGUUAGUGUAUGGCCCGUCUGAUUGGGGCACUGUCUGAAGAACAUGGAUGUCAAUACAUUUGAUGAAGACAUCAGUAAGCAAGACCAAAGCAAACUGAACAUUAACGAUUCUGAUCUUGAAGACACUACCGAUGAAGAGGAAUUUUACUUAUCUGAGGAGGAGGCAGAUAAUGACGACGACAUAAUUGAAAUCCCCGAGUCAAUACUUUCGUAUGUGGAGGUCGUCAGGAGAAGAGCAAGUGCUUUGGAACAUCUCAUUCUUGAGGACUUAGAAAAUGAUGAUGUGUCCUCGAUCCAUGCAAGUUGUUCGGAUGACCUUCUGUCCCAAGAUGCAGCUGACUUUGACGGAAAUGUGAAAUUAUACGAGCCAGGAGUAAUUUCAGAGGAAAUAAAUAAGGAGACGGACACACCACCAGGUAGCACCAAUUGUCCCAGUGAAUCAGAAGUGAACAUCGGAAACACAGACGGAGUUCGAUGUGAUGAGCAUCUUGAGUCGGAGCGGCAAUUCCAUCUCGAACUAAAGGCCUUGGAGCGAAAACUGAUAGAGGAGGACGAGAGGAGAACAGUGGAGUUCCAGGCAAAGAGAGAAAAGCAGCAGAACGAGGAGAGAGAAAAGGAGGAGUGGAAGAAACGUCGGCAAAGAGACUUUGAAGACGAGCUGAGGCGGAUAGAAGGGACCACUGAGCCUCUCAGAAUAGGCAUGCAGACAAUUGACACAGAAACCGAGGAGAAACGCCAAAAGGAGCUGCUUCAACAACAGGAGCUAAUCAGCAGCUUACAGAGACAGAUGGAGGAUGAGAGGAGGGCCUUGGAAGAAAUGCUGAAGGAGGAGAAGCUCAGAACAGAAGCAUUGCGCUGGGGUGCGGCGAUUAAGAUCCAGACUGGCUACCGAGGCCUGCUGGCUCGCCGGUGCUUCAGAGCCAGGCUCCACUGCAGGAGGGAGGAGAAAAGGAGGCGUGAGGAGGAGCAAAGGAGGAGAGAAAUGGCAGAGAGACAUAGGAGGGAGAUGGAGGAGGAGAGGAGGAGGAGGGAAAGGGAGGAGCAAGAGCUACAGAGGAGAAGAGCAGAGUAUGAAAGGGCCAAGGAGGUGGAGCGUCUGCGCUUGGAGAGCGAGCAAAAGCUGGAGGAGGAGAAGAGGAGGAAGGAGGAGGAGGAGGAGAGGAGCAAGAAGGAAGACGAGGAGAGUAGGAGGAGGGAAGAAGAUAAGAUAAGGAAGAGGAAUGAAGAGGAGAGGAGAAGGGAGGAAGAGGAGAGGAGGAGAAGGGAGGGAGAGGAGAGGAGGAGAAGGGAGGAAGAGGAGAGGAGGAGAAGGGAGGAAGAGGAGAAGAAGAAAAGGGAGGAAGAGGAGAAGAAGAAAAGGGAGGAAGAGGAAAGGAGGAUGGAAAAGGAGAAAAUAAUAGAAGAAGAGAACAGGAAGCGGGAGGAUGAGAAGAGAAAGAGGCAGGAGGAACACAAGGAGGAGAUUAGAAAGAAAGAGCAGGAAGAUAAAAGGAAGGAGGAGGCGGAGAGAAAAAUCCAACCUAAUCUCAACCAUCAGACUAACAAACAUCAACACACCAUCAGACUAAUAGGUAACAUAAACCUAGUAGAAUGUACAUCACAGAAAGAAAGCACUAAACACGACUCCAUACCUGCAACGGCAGAUAAAGGAAGUCCCUCUCACCUUUACCCCAACACCACCACCAUAGACCCUCAACAGAUGACCCCUGACCCUGUCCCAGCAUCCUGUAACUCCGGGUCCAUGACCUUAUCAGAGAAAACUGAGCAGAAGAGACUGGCCUGGAUGAAGGACUGUAUCCCCUGGUCCAAACUCUCACUGCAGAAUAAGAGGAAGAUGCAAACGCCACAGAGAAGGAGGGCAAGGAGAGCCACUGCUGUGGAUUGCCUGCCCCCUAUCUCCCCAGAUGUGUUGCUGCAACAUGGAGCUUGGGACUCCCUUCAAGAGGUGACCACGGUGUGCGUGGAAAACCUCCCUGGCUGCUCUCUCUCCACCCUGGCCCACUGCCCCAGACUGCAGUCCCUCACCCUCAGGGGCUGUGGCCUCAGAGCCUUGGAAGGACUGGGCCAGUGUGUGGAGCUUCGCUACGUAGAUGUACAGGAAAAUGUGAUCACAUCGGUGGACUGUGAGAAUCUAGUGAACUUGCAGGUUCUCCACCUCAGUCGGAACCGCCUGACAUCUAUCCAUGGUUUAGAAGGAGCUGUGAACCUGACAGUGCUGGAGCUGUCAUAUAACUUCAUUACUCGCAUUGGUGGUUUGGAGUCCUUAAAGAAGCUCCAGAGGCUUUGCAUCGACCACAACCAGCUGAUAAGCACCAGAGAGCUGAGGGUGGCAUACACACUCCUUCACCUAGACUGCUCCUCCAACCACCUGAGCACCGUGGAGGGCUUGGACAACUGUGCCCUGCUCAACACACUCAACCUGAGGGCCAACAACCUCACUGAGCCCCCUCUGUUGAAGAACCAGGUCCUCCUGAGAGAGCUGCAUCUGGAGGACAACAACAUCUCCUCCCUGGGGGGCCUCACAGCCUGCUGGCUGCCCUUACUGCAGCUCGUCUCUGUGGCACAGAACAGUAUUACCCAGCUUCCCUUGCUGUCUGACUUUGUGUCUUUGGAAAAGCUGGAUCUCAGCCACAACUGCCUCUCAGAAGUGGAGAAUGUGUGUGAGAGCCUAAAGAGGUGUCCUUUUCUUCUGGGGGUGGACCUGACGGGAAACCCACUUCAACAGGAAGUUGACUGGAGGUCGUCCUUGCUGAAGGCAGUGCCUGGUCUAAGGGAUGUGGAUGGUCAUCCCCCUGGCCCCUCUCCACCACCCCCUACUGGUGGGGUGCUCUGCAGCACCCUGCCCGAGGGCAGCUUCCUAGCCUUCUGUCAGGCUCAACUCCAACAGGUCUACACACUGGGGGACACACAGCGCAGGGAGCUAGGUGAGAUUGUUUCUCCUCUGAGUGCUGUGAAGGUCUUCAGCAGACACCAUGAUGAGAAUCUGCAGCUGGCCGAGGAGCAUCGGUAUGCUCACGAAUACGGUGACACCACUGUCGACCGAAGAUCAAGUGACAAAAGUGACAUUCAGACAGUGGAGAUAAGGGACAAAACUCAUGAGAGUAUCAAUAGAUGUAUCAGCGAAUGCUUUGCUGGGCCUGGGACAAAGCAACUCGGACGCAAAGAGUUGCACAAGGUUUCCCCCCUCAGCCCAAACAAGGAUGACAACAAGGAAACGACACCUGACAACAAGGUCCAGCUACCAAGAGACAGACCCAGCUGUAGUCCAAGGAUUGCGUCCUCUAGGACAGAGCUAAGCGUGGCACUUAGCUAUGCCAAGGCUCAAUAUCCCAAUGCUACCACCUCAGAGGAGAAGCCUAGUGCUGAGCCAAGCAAAGCACCCAUUCCAAACCCUUGCAACCGAGACAUCAAAAGUAUGGCAGCUGUUGUGAUUCAGCGCCACUGGCGAAAACACAGAAGACGUAGGAGGAUACCACUUCUUCAUGAUGACGGAGGGGGAGGAAAAAGAAUAGGACGAAGAGAAAAGGGACAUGGACGAGGAGGAGGAGGGGGAGAAAUAAAAUGUGAUGCUAGAAUCACUAGGAAUGGCCAACGCUGUCUGGACCAAGGCUAUGCCGCAACUGUCAUCCAGGCAUCCUGGAGGGGUUGGUCUCUGAGGAAGAGACUCGCUUCUGCUCUCGCCGCUGCUCGCCUGGGUGCAGAGGAAGACGGCUUUGAGGAGAUGCAUGUGGAUGAAUUUGUCUUUGAUGAGACAUUGUUGGAAAGAGACUGGACAUCCCUCGUCUUAGCAGACUCUCCUCUGCAAAGUCUCCCUCCACCACCGCAGGCGUUACAUCCAAAGCACCACUCUCCAGACCCCUACCCCUACCAGCCCAGACUCCCCCCUGACCUGCAGUGGAAACCCAAGCAUGCUUGGUUAGGAGCAGAGACACCCUUGGAGUACACAAAGAGAGGAGUUUCCCAUCAUAGCACUAGCAGAACCAAAUCUCCUGCCUCGCCAUCAGGACUUAGCGGUCUCUCAGAAAGAUCAGAGAAAAUUCUGGAGGAAUGGGGUUUCACGGAGAGCCACACUGCUCUGCUGAUGCUGAAGAGAGCCCAGAAGAUGAAGUCUAAGAAGCAGAGGCAGCGGAAGCUACUUGACUCAUCGGUACGCCUGGCCCUGUUUAGGAACCACAGCAACCAGCAUGUUACUUUUGAGGCACCAGAGAAGCACUCACCAGUGAAGAAAGACUGCUUCAAACCUCGCUGUGAAGAGCUGGUGGAGCAGGAGGCAGGGAAAGUGGAACAGACCCGACUGAAGCAGGAACGCACUCAACAGUGGCUUCACACCCAGGCUCUGGACCCUGAUCAACUGGCAGAGAGAGAUCAUUUCCUACCCCAGAUUGAUCCAGACAUUUUGAAUGGCGGUCGAGUGCAGCUUGUGGCUGCGGCAGGGAGCCGAGGAGGGCCUGAUCAGGCCCCUGGGUUGUGGGCCAACCGGGCUUCCAUCUCCCCGCCGCCCAGCAAACACACUCAGAGUCAAAACGGCUCUUCGGUACUUUCAAAAAAGAAUGUGCCAUCACCUAAUAGAGCCCAAUCAGCUCCAUCGAAAAAAGAGCGCAUGUCUUUUCGGGACAACCCAGUCCAGAGGAGUGGUGGAUGGGGAGGAGGGAAGAAGAGGGACAGAGUUCACAAGUAAAACACCAGGUGCCUCAUAAUCCAGAGUUUGACCCACUGCAUUAGCCGUAUACGUUGAAAAACGAAUUAUAGUAUAAUUAUAAUUACAUAUCUGAAUGGAUUAGAAUGCUAUUCUCAAACAGCAAUUCACAGUGUACAUCAGAAUACAUCAGUUUUGGGGAAAACGUACUUGUUCUAAUAAUCAGGAAUGUUUGAAUUAUAAUAUUUUAUUAGUUAAAGUAAACAUGUCAAUAUAUUAUUUAUUAAUAUAGUAAUAUAAAUUUACAAUUCUCUUCAAAAUAAGAUGUAAUUUGCUUCUUAAGAUGAAAUUCACUGCAGCUGUCUCUUAGCUAGGAUUGGGCUCCCUCAUCUGAAAAUUAAUUAAAAGCAAUAGGAGGAGGUCAAGUCUAAAUAUCUGCAGGCGCUUACAUUCUGGUCAUUAUGCUCGGAUAUCACUGUCUUAACACAACCGCAGCCAAAGACUUGGUUAAAGAAUGACAUGCUUAAUAUGCAGACGAUGACUAGAAAUGAGAAACAGUUGGUUGACUUUUUUGUCAAAUAAAAAAAGAAACAACGUUCAGACAGCUACUUUGUUAGCCAAAUGUAGUUGCUGUUCCACCAUACGUUGUUCCCCCAAUUUAAAUUACAAUUACAUCAAUUAAAAGUUUAUUUAUUUGAGGGUACUAUUGAAGUAACAGCAGUUUCUGUAUUUGACGUCAUUGUCCACAGACAACAGCUCUCUUUUUCAGAAAUCUUGGCUGUUUCGAGUAGGAGCAUAAACAUUGAUGUUUGAAUUAGAAUGCUGUUUUCUUUAUCAGCUGUGGAUUAUUGUAGUCAUGUUUGUGUAUUUGAAUUUGGAGAGCAUAUCCGUCUGUCUGCAAACAAGGCCCCACCAGAAGCGGGAAACCUCGAUGUGGAGGUUCCUAGCUGGUCGCCUGCCUGGAAAUUAUAAGUUAAUGAAUGUGAAAACAAAUAAAUGAGUCUGAAGGAGAGUGGCACUCUAGCAGAAAAUCAUAUUCUUUUAUUUAUUUUCUCCUCUCUGAGAACUUUCAUAUUUCUACAUUGGUUGUGUUUUGACUGUUUGGGCUGAUGAAUUUUGUCUAGAGCUAGUUACAUGUGGCAGUGGUCCUACCCAUUAAGGGCUGUCAUGACAUGAAACCCAAGAGCACUGUCCUGGGGGGGCAUUGAACUCUGAGAUGUUGAGAUGUGCUCUUCAACCAGUAUAACGUCAUCAGCCUAGUGUGAGUGUAAAACUGCAUCCAACACUAAUUCCGAUUGAUAUCCCUUGUCCAGAACAAAUUCUAGAUGCGCAUGGGAUUUUUGAAUAGGAAGAGAUCUUGACUUUGGUUAGAAUUUCUGAGUACACCAUCCUGAGCUUUUUUGUCCUUCAUUUCAAAAGUUAUCCAGUACAAAUGUAUGCAAGUAGUUGUGUGCUAAAGGAUUUAAGUAGCUGACACCCUGAAUUGUGUUGUUUGAUGAGAUUGUGGUCUUGGAUAAUAGUAGUCCAUUCAGUUUCUAUGAUCUGACUUUCAGUAACAUCCAGUAUAGUAGAGACCCUCCAGCCUUUCUAGAGGUUUGUUUGGCUGAUAAAUUAAAUUAAAACUAUCAACCCAACCAAAGUUCAGCAUAUUUCUCAUUUUAAUUUUAUAUUAAUAAAUAUACACUAAAAACAAAUGAAGAAGAACCAUUUGUAAAGAAUAGGUAUGGACCCAUAUAAUGAAGGUCUUCUUCAAUUUAGAAAGAACCAUUUAUCAAGAUGAAAGGGGUUUUGUCUGAAAACCAUUUUAUUAAGGGCUUUCACUGUUGGUUUCAUAUCGGAAUAAAUCAACUGAUACUGACAAAGUAUUUGGUUUCCACAAUUUAUCCAGUUUCCUUGUUAUUGUUAGAGACUCUUUGGUUUUCAUUCAAAAUGUAAUAUAUAAAUGGGAUUAACAUGACUGACACACUAGACUUAUUAUUUGGUAGAGCAGCUUUUGGUUAAAAUAACUAUACUCCCGAUAGCCAUAUAUGAGCUUCUUGCAUCUCUCUUCUAACAGUUUAACCACUCUUUUUGGACACACAGCUCCAGUUCUCCCAAAUAAUACUUUUAGGAUAAUUGACCUGCUGAAAGAUGUUUGAUAAAGACCAGGUUUUCAGAAACUGGGUUGGUUACUCCAAAAUACCUUGAUAAUCUUCUGAUUUAAUGAUGCCGUGCAUGUGUUUAAGGCACACUGGCAAUGUAGACAAAGCAACAUCACUGAACCACCUUCACUGCAGGGAAGGUGUGUCUUUGAAGAAUAUUUUAUAUAACCGAGUUGUGCAUCUUAGGUAUGUAUCAUUUGUCCACGGGACAUUUUUCCAGAAGUAUUUUUACUUGUAUGGGUGAACUCUUUGUGUCUCUCAGUAGUGGUUAUAGCCUCCUAUCUUAUAACUCCUAUUCAUUGAGUUAGGGAUGGAGGGUGCGCAUUCAAACACACCUUGAGUCUUGUGUUUUUAAUUGAGGAUCUUUUUCCACUAUUUUAUCAGUCCUGCACAGUCAUUUUGAGUUUUAGUUAUUGAUAGCAUUAUGUGAUACGGUAUACUGGAAACAGGAGCGUUGUCAGACAAUAUCUUGUUUCUUUAAUCCAUGCUUGAGGCAUUACACACAGUGACACAAAACAGGAGGAUUAGUAAUUUACUUUAUUCAAAGUAAUUGAAAGGGUAAUUCAGUUUCUUGUUUACAAUGCAGGCAUCUGUGACAUCAUAAUAUUUUCUUAUUUCAAAUAUAACAUGUUCUUUGUUGAAAAAUAUUUUUAAAUAAAUGUAUAAUGCCAUCAAAUUUCUAUUGGAUAAUAAAUUCAACUAUAAUUUGUAUAUAUAUUUUUUUUGAGUUGCUGAGUUGCAUUUCAAAAGGUCAUAGUC